CUGACAUCAACCUCCAUGAUGCCUUCUUCCUCCGAUCCUUGCCACAUUCUGUCAUCUUGCUUGCUUUGUCCUGCACUGUCAGUCGAGCACCGAAACAAACACAUUAGAAAGGUUCAGUGACCACCAAGGCGACACACGAGGUGAAAACAGAACAUGGAGAGCGCUACAGGCGAUGACGGAACCACGGUCGCGACAAGAACAUCGACACCCGUCUCCAUUCCCGGAUACUCGGGGGCAUACAAUAGGGGGCCUUACACAGACACAUUCUCCCCUCCGAUAACAUGCCGUCAAUCAGCGACCAUGUAUACGGCCGACGACGGCGCAGGAGCAGCAGCGGGAACAAUUUAUUACGGACACUGGUGGUCAGGGGACAUGGCCUGCUAUCCCACAGGCACCAUUCCAGCCACCUCGUACACACAUUUUCAGUUUUGGUACUCAUAUUACUACAGCCCUGGCUACUACUGUCCGAGUAGUUGGCACACGGCAGCGACCUUAGCCGAUGGCUGGGCAGGCGAGAUACUCACCGGGAGUCGUAAUGGCGUCCUGUGUUGCCCCAGCGGUCUCACCCUCUACAAUAAUUGGACGCAUGCGUGCGCGACAUCCGUCUCUCCAGGAGACGUCAUCACCCUGGUGACCAACUUUGUCGCACUUGAAACCACAAUAUCCUCCUCAUCGGUUCUGUUUCAAGAUGGAAUCCCGCUCAUCCGCGACGAAAUCAUCACAGCCAACAACAACCCGUCGACCACUAUCACCCCGGCCCCAACGCUGUCUCCCACGACCCCUCAAGCGACAGGCGGCACGGCCACGCAAGUUCCGACGCAGGCCACAGCACAAGCAACAAAGAAUACUUCGGCUGGUCUCUCGACAGUUGCCAAAGUGGGGAUCGGAGUGGGCGUAACGCUCGGGGUGGUCAUUCUCGCCGUGGCGGGAUUAUUCUGUUUCAUCUGCUCUCGACGGCGCAGAAGACAACCUCUGCGGCACGGUCCAUCCUCAAAUCAGCCAGCGUUUGUCCAGGAGCUUCCCUCAAAAUCAUAUCAGAGACCUGUCGAGCUGUCUGCGCGUCCGUAUGUGAGCGAGCUCGAAACCCGAGCUCAUGCGAGUGAGUUGCCAGGGUAGUCUCUGAGUCUGAUUCAUCUGAGCCAGAAUCCUGUGCAGUUUGACGCAUCUUUCCAAAUAGACCUCCGAGCAAGAUGCACAUGAUACCAUUUAUGUUGCCUUACAUAAUAUAUGACUAUUUUGAUUGACCUCACGCAAGAUAACACCAGACCAUAACUCCAAAUUUGUAAAUGGUAACGGGGUCCUUGAAUGGCGCCAUGCUCGCACAACUACAAUUCAGGUGAGUGUGCCUUCCUAACUUUGCACGAUAUCGGUGAACUAGGUCUGGCUAGGAUAGCAUCGGAAUUGGUGUGCUCGGGCUAUGAUAUAGCGUUGACAGCAAUACCCCGGGCGCUUAACCCAGCCUUAGGCAUCUGCGGGAGACAACGUCCGAGCGCACUUCGGAUCCGUCUUCCCACAGCACUCUAGAAAUUAGCG